AUGGCAGGGAAAAGUGUCCAGCGUGAUCAGGUUAAAAAGGGAGCGGUUGAAUCACUACGGUCGACUAUAAAUUCAAACGCUGUGACUCAUGAUCUUAAAACCAACCGGCAGGGGUGUUUAGACGACUCGGUGUCGCGGACCGUCCUGGAAGACGAAGAAGGGUACUUCGUGUCCAGUGGUUCGUUGGUUCCAGUUUCACUGGUGAGGUCUUUCUACGAGCUGUCUGCCCUGGACGUGAACGGGAAGAUGGUGCAGUUUUCCCGGUUCGAGGGGCGGGUGGUGCUGGUGAUGUGCAUGGCAACUGGAGACGAGCAGGCUACCAGGGAAUUCACACAGAUGAAUGAGUUUGUGUCCGCGUACGACUGUCGUGGCUUGAGCAUUCUCGCCUUCCCUUGCGACCAGUUUGGUAACAAAGAACCCUGGCACAACCACGAGAUACCAUUGUGCAUGUCUCACGUCCGUCCCGGCCGGGGAUUCGCACCAAAGUUCCAUCUGAUGGGCAAGUGCGAAGUGAACGGCCCGCGGUCUCACCCGGUCUUCGAGUACCUGAAGCAGAGGCUCCCGGGCUGGAGUGACGAGCCUUCGGCCACCAUCAGGUCACUGCGAGGGAAACUGCUCCCGCCCAAGGCUCCGGAUGUCCGCUGGAACUUUGAGAAGUUUCUGAUCAGCUACGACGGCAAACCGUACAAACGGUUUUUGAGCAGCACGCCGCUGAGAGCUAUCGCUGGGGAUGUUGAAGACUUAUUGAGACGUUCGGUUAUAGUGAUGAUGUCAACAAACAGUCGCCAUGGGGGAAAUAAAUUUCUUCAGUAUGAUCCCACUAGGCAAGAUAAGACGCAUUCGAAAAAGACUUCAAGACGUAUGAAAGAAUUUUGA